AUGCACAAGUCCAAGAUAUUCAACCUCAUAACUAAAAUUCUGCUGACUCUUGCAGUCAUCAAAACCAUCGAGUCAGCGAGCAAGGGCCCGAUAACACAUGCAGCGUGGAGCCCGCUCUGCACACUGAGCAAAGAUAAGCAAAAGCUAUACAACAGGGCAAACAAACUUCAAGACGACAUCAGCAACUUCUUCCAAACUGCGGCGAAGGCGUCCAUUAAAGCGGCAAUCGUCGCGGUCAAACUAAACUCAGCAGAUGCAAUGAAAGCGGCGAUGGGUCUACAAGCAAAAAUAAAGGCAGAUGUGACUGCGAAAAUGGCUGCAGCUGAGCAGUGUCGCACAAUAUCAACGGUGGUGACGCUGAGGUCAGCUUACUUACACGGGCGGAUAGCUGAAUUCAUCGAAAUGAUGACAGCCAUGAGGGGAAAGACCAACGAGCACGCCUGUUUAAGCAAGCAAGGCGACGGUACCGACAGAGCCGCAGGCGAGACGAUCACCAAGCAACAAGCGACCUGCAAGCUUCAUUCGGAGGAACUAACAAAACAUAGCGAGGAGCUAACCGAACUCACGGCAACAGGAUACCCAAAACUAACACUGCCCACGGGCCUCACGACCAGCGAACAAGGAGGAGACACCAACCCCAACUGCAUUUUCCUAACGACAACCGCAAACGAGCUAAACGGCAACGGCGGUUUCAAAGAAGCGAUACCGCUGGCGGCGGGGUACUUGCUUAGAAAAGAGGACAUGACCGCAAACUCAAAACAGGCGAUUAAUCAACUUCAAACCGUUGAUGAGCCGGCAAGCGCCAAAACGACUGUAAGGCCCUACGUAGAACUUUGGAAGGCGUUCAAGCAACUGACAAACUGCGAAGCGAUGUUCAGCGCGGCGUACACACUGCCAACAGCGGAAGCAUUAGUGGACAGCCCGGAAGUCAAAACGGCAAUAAAGAAUCACUUCCUACGAAAAGAAGGCCAGUAUGAAGACAGUAAAGACAGCAAGGACGUCAACCCGAUAGUAAAGCGUUUGUAUAAACCAGACGAUGAACACUAUCCCAAAAAGUUCUGGCAGGAAACCGCCAAAAAGGACACACCCCAAGCAGCCACUGGGAAAGCAGAGCUUUCUAAACUAGACGACAUAGUGACUGAAGAAGAGUUAGCCCAGGUUCUGAGCUAUUACACAAACAUGCAGAUCCAAAAUUUACACAAAGAACUAAAAGAAGCUCAAGAAAAAGCCUCACAGGCGAACCAGAGCGACGCUGCAGCCAAAGCAGCAGAAGACGCUUGCAAUAAACUAGAUAACGAAGAAAAAUGCAACAACGAGAAAAAGUGCAGUUAUGACGAUUCUAAGGAAAGUGGCAAAAAGUGCAAAUAUAAUGCCACAAAAGCAAAAUCAAAAGUAAAUGGUGUCCCUGUAACACAAACUCAAGAUGGAGGAGCAAUAACUGUAAACUGUGGCCAACAUGCCGACAAGACUAAAUGUGAGGAAAAAACAAGGGAAAAACAACCCCUGUUUGUGUAUGGAGAAAAGGCAAAGAGGGUGAACCUGAUCAAGAUAAAGAAAUGUGCCGAAAUGGUAGUUUCGUCAAUAAAAAAUUUACUCUGA